AUGAUCACAGUCAGCUUUAUUCAAUUUCCAUUCGUUUCUGAUGGUGGUGCUGCUUGUGAUCUGCACUUGCACUUAUCUGAAGAUGCAGUUCCCUGCCAUUUUGGAGCAGAAAACUGGGUUUGUGUUCCUUUCUUUCGUGAAAUUGGAUUCAUCGAGCUUUGGAAACCGGUUAUUAUCUUCAAGCGUUUGUUUCGAGGAUUCUUUUGGAAGGCUGCUAGAAUAGGUGAGCGUUUGAGCCCUUGGGUCUCCGUGGGAUGCUUCAUGAUGGGUACUGGAGAAGCAGUGAACCCGAAAGCUUACCCACUUGCAGAUGCUCAGCUAGCGAUAACGAUUCUGGAUCUUGUUCAACAAGCUGCUAACUACAAGCAGCUCAAGAAGGGUGCUAAUGAAGCUACCAAGACUUUAAAUCGUGGAAUCUCUGAGUUUGUGGUUAUGGCUGCUGAUGCUGAGCCACUCGAGAUUCUUCUUCAUCUACCUUUACUUGCUGAGGAUAAGAAUGUUCCCUAUGUGUUUGUGCCUUCAAAGCAAGCCUUGGGAAGAGCAUGCGGUGUGACAAGAUCUGUCAUCGCUUGUUCCGUCUUAUCAAACGAAGCUAGUCAAUUGAAACCACAAAUCCAGCAGCUCAAGGAUGCUAUUGAGAAGCUCCUGAUCUAA